CUGAAAGAGUUGGAUUGAUGAACGGGGCUCUGAUUGCAGGCACGCCCAUUGCGGUGGAUUUCUGGAAUAUAAGAAAGGCCAGCCAAGCUCGCUUAUUCUUCCUUUCUCACAUGCAUAGUGACCAUACAGUGGGGCUUUCUAGCACCUGGAACCAACCCAUCUAUUGUUCUCCUAUUACUGGUCAUAUCUUGCAUUUGAAAUUGAAGGUUGCUGAGCGCUGGAUCUGCCCCCUUGAAGUGGGAGAGAGCCAUGUUGUGCCCAUGGAUGAGAUCGGCAAAGAAACUAUGACUGUGACCUUGAUAGAUGCUAAUCAUUGUCCUGGUUCUGUCAUGUUCCUCUUUGAAGGCUACUUUGGUGUCAUCCUCUACACUGGUGAUUUUCGUUACAGUCCCAACAUGCAGCAGGAGCCAGCUCUGAAGAACUCAAAACUGAUCAACGUCCUCUAUCUGGACACUACCAACUGCCACCCCAAGCUUAUCUUGCCAUCCCAGCAGAAGGCCACUGAGAAAAUCAAAGAGCUGAUCAGGGCCCACCCCUGUCACCUGGUUAAAAUUGGUACCUACACUUUGGGAAAGGAGUCCCUCUUAGUACAAAUAGCCCAAGAAUUUGGCACUUGGAUUGUGGUGAGUCCUAGGAAGAUGGAAUUGAUGAAGCUUUUGAGGCUAGAGAAUGUGUUCACAACUGAGGAAGAGGCUGGUUGGAUUCAUGUUGUGGAUUUUUCAGAAAUCUGCCAAGCAAAUAUGAUCAGCUGGAACCAACGGCAUCCAACCAUAGCUAUCCUCCCAACCAGUCGACCAGUGAAGAUCAAUCACCCUGAUGCCCACAUUGUUCCUUACUCAGACCACUCGUCUUUCCAAGAGUUGCUGGAGUUUGUGGCUUGGCUGAAGCCCUGCUCCAUAAUUCCAAUAGUGAAGACUGCUGAAUGUCAGAAAUAUUUCAAGCAGUACUUGAGAUCUGAAAAUCAAUUGCUUGAGGAGUCCAAACUGCCUGAAUCGGUGAAAAGAUUCAUGCAGCUGCCAAGCAAGAAGCAGGAAAGGCCUUCAAAGAUAAUAAAACUGGUUUCCUGUUGCCAUGUUCCAAGGGGGGUUUUGUUUGAAGAUAGCCUGGAUGCAGAGGCUUCCCAGGAAAGCUGCCCAGAGCCACUGAAGAAAUCUUUGCCUUAUUCUCAAGGAAAGUGUUCUGGGUACUCGCCGUGUAGAGGGAAGCAGAAAAUAAUGAUGGAAAAACCUCAAAACCUUGAGGACCAGAGUGGGCAUUCUCCAGUGCUGCCUGAUGUGACAUCCACCAAACAUCAGUUAAAGGACAAUAUUGCUGAUCAUUUCCAAAAACAUCAGACAUCAAAGCACACUAUGCCCAGUUUGGAAGUGGUUGUCAGGACUCCUUGUUCCAGCUCAGGUAGUGACAUUAAUCUUUGCCAGGUGGGCUUGGAAGACUGUGUCCCCUCAGCAACAUUGCACCCGUUUCAGAAUGACAUUGAUUAUACACGUGGCUCCCAAAAGGACAUGGCAAUCCAGCCUGCCAGCGCUCCAGGGGGUCUUCUUCAGAAGUAUGACUUUUCUCCGUUGAGCAGCUCAAAGCGUUGGUCCCUCCAAACCUUUGACCAGCAAGUGGAAAACUACAUAAAAAAAGGGAAAGCCCAAAUGCACAAAGCAGAACAAACUUGCAGCCAGGCUGAGAACUCAGAGUGGAACCAAAACUGCUAG